AUGCUCUUAAGCCCCGUCGAACCACCGUUGCAACCUUCCCAUGUUGUCAUGUCGACUACAACAUCCCUCACUACUACGCUUGUCGCACCCGUCAUGAAGGGUGUCGCUAUAUCAGAAAACCAAUGUCCUAUGUGUUGGGGUGAAGGAUUUCCCCAAAAUGGCUCUGGCGCCCACGAUAGAAUCCAAGAGUUGGAGGGGCAGGUACAGGCGUUGACAGCGCGUGCUUCGGCUACAGCCGCCAAACUCAGCGAGUACGAAGACGAAAUUCGACGUCUACGCUCCUCCCAACCCCAGGCAUACCACACCCCGCGAAGCAGCUCCUCACUGGGGAGACCCCCCUCCCAACCCGACCAUUCCUCACCACAACGCCCAACAUCCUCAGGAUCCCAACCACAAACAUACCACAGCCGCCUCACAAAUCUAGCCUCUCUGCUCCCCUACCGACGUGGUAGCGCAACACCCACAACAUCUAGCGGUGCCGUUCUUCCCAGUACUCCGACCGCGCUCAGCACCCCGCUCACUCACAUGUCCCCCGCAAACAGCGAGCACACCGCCGAACUGCAGGAUGCGCUUACGCGCGAACAGAGACUCCGUAAGGCUGCCGAGUCGCAGCUUUCGCAGGCGAGUACUGAGCUAGAGGAGUUAACGGUGCAGCUUUUCAGUCAGGCGAAUGAGAUGGUUGCGGAGGAGCGAAAGGCUCGCGCCAAGCUUGAGGAAAGGGUUGCUGUGCUGGAACGGAGGGAUGUUGAGAAGCGUAGUCGGUUGGAGAAGUUGGAGAAUGCUAUGGCACGUGUGGAACGGUUGAGGGCUUUGGUUAAUCAUCAAUGA